AUCAAAGCUUGCAUGUGGAUGAACACACAUAGAGGCAUAGGAAUGCCAUUUCCUAACUAAAUAGCUGCCCUUUAUUAUAUACCAUUACUUGGGGGCAUGUUCUGCAGGAAAAGUCUUGCCUUCAAUAACGUUUGACUCGGUCCGCUUUCCAUGCCUUGACCCCAGUUCCCAUCCAGCUAGCGGCCACGUUAUAACAUUCAGUUAUUACUUCGCUUGGGGACAACUUUGACUCUGUAACCGGAUUGUGGCUACGUCGAAGCAAUGGCUUCACCUCCGCCUCCUGGUGGAGGAGCAGCAGCCCUAUCUAACUCGUACCUGAAGAUAUGCAGCGAUAUAGGAUGUCAGCCAAUGCCAGAGCUCCUUGCGGCUUUGACUUCUGGCCAGCGUUACUGCUUAAUAAGCAGCCCGUCGGAGAGCCUUGCAGAUAGCAGUGUCAUUUCGCUCUGCGCGGUGUUGCCCAUGGCGCCCUUCGAGCUAUGCAGCUUUCACAACCUUAGCCUGAGCUCCAACAGCUGGGCUGCCAUUGCUGACGCAUGCUCCAAAACGCGGCCGCUGCAGCGCGUUGUGUUCAAGGAUUGCUCUUUCCGGGAUGGCCAGGGCAUGCAUAUGUUCUCCCGCGCUCUUUCGGCUGCGGACUUGCAGAGCCUCGAAAUUAUUAACAGCCAGCUAGGUGACGAGUUCGUGGCCGGACUGGUGGAGGGGUCGCUGCUAGCCAAUGAGAAGUUCACCACCUUGCGUCUGGCGGGCUGCGGGCUGGGAGAUGCCGGCUCCGUGCGACUGGCCAAGGCGAUCGAGGGAGUCGGCAUGAUGUGCUCGCUCCGUGUGCUGGACCUGUCCCACAACCGCAUUGGCGACGCCGGCGCGUGCGCGCUGGCCUCCAUGCUGGGCAUCGAGUCGUCUGCGUCGUCGGUGCCGCUCAACACACUGGAGCUGGAGGGAAACCUGCUGAGCGACGUGGGCGGAUUGGCUCUGUGCCGCGCCGCCAAGGCGGCCCUCAUGCUGCAGCGCCUGAACCUCUCCCUCAACCCCGGACUGGGCUCCGCCACCAUGGUCUCCCUGGCAGAGGCAGUCCGCUUCAACACCGGGACGCUGCGAGAGGUGGCGCUGGCGGGCUGUCGCGCCAGCGAGGAUGCGGCGGUGGCGCUGCUGCGGGCCGCGGCCCGGAGCUCCACGCUGCAGCUGCUGGACAUCCGCGGAGUGCCCCUGUCGGCUGAGGGUGUGGCCCACCUGUGCACACUUCUGCGCAACACCACCAGCCUCAACACCCUGCGUGUGGACGUGGCCUCCACGGAGGGUGCCGAGGCCAUUGCGCGCGACCUGCCGUCCAACCGCAGCCUCAUGCACAUCACGCUGGGCGGCCCCGUGCCUGACGGGCUGCUGACGGCCAUGUCAGAAAUCCUGGCCAACAACACCGUGAGGCGCUUGAAUAGCACCUCGGGAUCCCCACAAGUCACCAACUCGCCCCUCAUUCACGCCUGGAUGGACGACUCCAACCAUGGUACCUCAGUCGCUGGCGCCCGGCACAGCAACCUGCCCUUCCAGACACCCUCCUCCUACCCCAGCAUCUACACGAGCCAGCAGCCCCAGUCGCAGCCGCCGUCGCAUGUCGCCAACAUACCGUCCAUCAACGUCGCAGCGACACCGUCCCAGUCCCAGCAGCUUCGCAGCAGCCGGCCCCACUCACCCAUUCCGCAGCAUGCGGCGGAGCACACCCGCAGCCCUCGGUCCGAGGCGGGUGCGUCCGUGUACAGCCAUGCCACCCACAGGACCAGCCGUACGCACCGCACCCACCGUACGAGCACAUCGUACAUUUCGUUCGGCGGCUUCACGGACAUGACUCGUCGUACCAUCAUGUUGGGCAGCACGCGGCUGCGAGUGAGCGCUUCGCUGGCUGCUGGAGGCGCCGCCGAGAAGGCGGCCCUCAUCUUCCGGAGCCACGACCAGGACGAGGACAACUACCUGAACAAGCAGGAGAUGCUGGCAGCACUGGAGGAGAUGGGCGUGCUCAACGGAAUCAAGGCCAAGCAUAUUGGCCGCUUCCUGGACGGAGAGUUCAAGAAGGCUGACUGGGACAAGGACGGCCGCAUCAGCCUCCAGGACUUCAUUUCUUACUACGAGAAGAUUGCGUACUACCAGGCGCAGAUGGCGCGUGAGGGGCGCAUCAAGUCCAUGGCCAACCUCAACAAGCAGAUGGUGCCGCAAGGCGUCGAGCACAACGCGCAUCUGAAGAGCGUGUUCAAGAACUACGCCCGCCUGGCCAUUGGCCAGGGCCGCGUGUACGCGGACGGGCAGCCGCAGAUGAACAGUGCGCAGUUCCACCGGCUGUGCCAGGACGCAGGCUUCAUGGAGCCCGAUGGCCGCCUGAGCACCACCGCCGUGGACGUCAUCUUCACCCGCUACCGCGCCGCCAACAGCCGCCGCCUGGCCUUCAAGGACUUCAUUGCUGCGCUGGCGGCCGCCGCGUACGAGAUGGGCUUCCAGUUUGACGACAUCCUGGAGGUGCUGGGAGCCAACCGCAGCCAGCAGCCGCUCACCCCGACAGAGUCCGGGGCUGGCGUCCGUGCCCCCCAACCGCACCCGCAGCGUGACAACGUUAGCGAUUCCGGCGGCGCCCACUACCUGCACCCCACGGGCCAACAGCAGCAGCAGAAGGACGCGCAGCUGUCGGCAGAUCCCAGCAUUGAUGUGCUGGGAGUGCCCCUGGCGACGGUGCACGAGGGUUCGGAGGGAAAGAAGGCGACUGCGGCUAAGGGCAAGGCAUCCAAGAAGGCAAGCGGCACUCGCUCCAGCGUCCAAGGCGUCCGCAGCUCGCAAGCUUCCGCUGGCCGCGCCAACAACCCCACCUCCAUCAGCAACAACCCACUGUACGACAGCCAAGACGCCCCGAUCGGCAGCACGGGACCCGCUCACUCGUCCUUCGCUGUAGGCAACGUCAAUGGCCAGGGCCAAGGGCAGGGCCAGGGCAACCAGUCGCGCUCCCGCUUCACGGCCGGCUCCGCGUCACCCGGUCGCUUCACAAGCACCGGCUCCGGCCCGGCAGCCCCUUCCUCAUCCGAUCUGGCCAUGCUGGAGACCCGGAUGCGGCUCGAGGUGGAGGCGGCUGUACGGCAGCUGGAGGAGCGACUGGAGCGGCAGCUGGUAACCGCGCGCUCUUCCAUCUCCAACGGCACCAACGGUGGCAACGGUCUGCCCGCCUCCGCUGACGCGCUCAUGGGCGCCAAGCUGCGGCAGCUGGAGGGCCAGGUCAGUGGGCUGCUGUCCCGGCAGGACGAGAUGGACCGCGUGGCGCAGCAGCUGGGCGGGCUGCAGGACAUCCUCAACCGCCUGGCGGAGGAAAUGGUUCGCAUCAAGAACCGUGCGGACGCGGCCGCUGCUACCGCGGCAUCUGCCGCGUCUGCGGCGUCGUCCGCUGGCGCAAACGGUAACGGCAACGUGGCUGCCUUUGAGGAGCGGUUGGGCAACGUGUCGGCACAGCUGGGCGGUGUUCGCGAGGGCGUGGAGGCUCUGGGACGUGACCUGGGUGCGCUGGGCGCUCGCGUGGAGGCGCUGUCGGGCCAGGUAUCCACCUCCCGCAGCACAUCGCAGCAGCAGGCUAGCAGCAUCUCGCAGCUGCAGCAGCAGCUGUCGCAGCUGGCCGCUCAGGUGGCGUCGCAGCAGCAGAACGCGGCUGCUGCUGCUGCUGCCCCCGCGCCCACGGCGCAGCUAGAGGCGCUGGAGAAGAAGGUCAUGAACCGGCUGACUCGCUACGAUGGCGCGCUGCUGCAAGUGGCCAAGCAGGUCGACGCGCUGGACCAGCGCCUGCGUGAGGAGCAGGAGGGGAACAUCAAGACCAUCGAGAUGCUGCUCGUGGCGGCGGGUGGAGGCAAUGGAGCUGCAUCCGGAGCUGCGGCUGCAGCGGGACAGAACAGCGCAGCUGAGAUCCGGCCGGCGAGCAAUGGGAGUGUGGCGAAGUAAACGGCAAGUGGUUUUUCGGUGAGGCCAGUUUCUUGACCAGCGGCUGCGAGAGAGGCAAGAGGGCAACAUGCGAUGCUUCUCGUAGCGGUCAGCGGAGGCGACGGGGUCAUGUACCUCGAGCCGUGAGCUACCGCGGCGCCCAGUCACUUGAAUCGCAGUUUAGACGACUGCGAAGACUUAAAGACUCGUGAACGAUGGUGUUGGCAAUAGUUUGUUAUGUGAGACACAUCUUUGCCAUGCAGAAAUGGGUGUGUUUUCAUGGUCCCGCCCUGCGAGCUAGGCAUGUGGGGGCAACAACGCUCAUGACUGCCCCGUGUGUCGGAAUGUGUUGGUGACGUGCGUGCGACCUGCUGCUGUCACCCCGCAAGGUGGUGCUUAGGAGGCGUCCCGGGACGGCUUCUUCGCAGCAGCGCCAAGGCCUGGGUUUGCGCCUUGAUGCGUUCUAGACGUUGUACACUUGUUAUUAUUCCAAUUGAGGUGUUGUCCCCCUGGCAUCCUGACCUGUUCGUUGUGGGACGCUUGGACAAUAAGCCGGGUAUCCGGUCGGGCUUGCUGUUGCGACAUAACCGUGAACCUCCGUAUAUAGACAGUUGAUGACUAGGAAUUCGGUUGAGUUUGUAUCAAGUUGCCACCUACGUGUGUAUCUUUGCUGAUUCCACUUUAGGAACGUUUCGUACUGUACCGUACAUAAGGCUCUUCGUACACCACAUGCGCCACGUCGGCGACCCUAAAGAUGCCCGAGGAAAUAAGCCCCCCUGUAACCAGUAUGCAUGUAACAACAUGCCUCCUUGGAC